CAAAUGACGUUUAAUUUUGUAAGUUAUAACGAAAGGCUGUGUCAGUUCGCAUAUUGGUUUAAAGCAGACCUUUGUUAUUUAAUCAACAAACUGUGUUUUAAGAAUGAUUAACUAUUCAGCUUAUUUUCUUUCAGACAUUAUUGUGUAACAUUAUGAAGUGAAAUCAAGCUAUUUUCCGUGUUGGUUUGAAACCUAAAUUUUGGAAAGUUUAUAUUUUUGUUAGUAUGAAAAUGGUUCCCUUACAUCAGAGUGCCCGCAAAUUGAACUAUUACGUGCGAAUGUUUACUAAAGAACUGAUGGAUGAAAUCGACUACGUUAUCAAGAAUUCAGCAGACGAUUCAGUGCCUAAACGACUCACAAAAAGUAUAGCUAAGAGCGAUGACUUGAAGGUUUAUGUUGACAAGUUGAAAGUAAUACACUCCGAAAAGGACGAUGAUGUUUUGUGCGAAAAGUUAAACGAGUUUAUUUCGUCGGUAUCAAAUAAUAAUUUAUCAGGCGAUUGGGAGACCGAGUUAAAACAAUGCGUUCGUGUGUAUGUUCCAGAUGAUAAAGUUCCAUGGAAGGUGAAAUUUGAGUACGAACCGACUAACUACACUGCAUGGCCUGUUUUGCACACGACACUAGACCCUAGUUCUCCGAAACCCCCGUGGGCCGAUGAAGACUUCACGCUCAAGUCGAAAAAAAACGAGCUCAAGCAUGUCAAGUGGAACCAAGAGGAUGAGUUGGAAGGCAGAAAGAUAGACCGGAGAAGUAGAGAGGAAAAUAUCAAAAAAUACGAAUUGGACCCCAAGACAGGACUACCCAGGAAUCCAAAGGGAAGAACGGGCAUGGUCGGAAGGGGACUCCUCGGAAGAUUCGGACCCAACCUUGCAGCAGACCCAAUUGUAUCUCGGUUCAAGAAGAUGCCGGAUGGAAAAUUUAAGAUAGUAAAUAAAAAAAAGGUGUUGGAGUGCAUCUUCAUCCAGAGAAGGGACAACCACGAGUGGGCUAUUCCGGGGGGCAUGGUUGAGCCGGGCACUGUAGUGUCCAUGACACUGAUCAAGGAGUUCAGAGAAGAGGCACUGAAUGUGUGCCACAAUGACAAGGAGAAGGCUGAGAAGAUGACCAAUAAGUUGAAGCAGACACUCUUCGCAAGUGGUUCAAUAAUCUACCAAGGAUAUGUGGAUGACCCUAGGAAUACAGACAACGCCUGGAUGGAAACAGUGGCCAAGAAUUUCCACGACGACACAGGCAUCACAAAUUCAUUCCAGCUAGAGGGAGGAGAUGACGCUUACAACUCCAAGUGGCAGGAGUGCUCAUCGGAGCUGAAACUGUACGCCAGUCACAAAGAGUUCAUACAGAAGACGGUGAAGAAACAUGCAGCUCAUUGGUAGUGGAGGUGAGGAAUCACGAGGCACCGCACACAUCCGCCCAACAUUCUAGAACUAAGAAGUCUGUCUUGAUUGUUCUCCUCUGUCUCUCGGAUAUCAUCAGUAUAUCAUCGAUUAAACAUCGAAGAGAAAAUUUUAAAUGAAGGCCAAAAAGUAAUGCUGCAAAUAUGAUGUUCUAUUAUCUUCCUUUCUUGGUUCAAUAUUUGUUCAAUAUUUACAAUGCUGUUUAUAGGAGAGCUGUGCUCCGACUCUUCUCAGUUUUGAUUUUCAAACGCCCCUCCCCCCCCCCCCCCCCACCAUACACAGAUAGUAUUCGCGGCAUCAAUUUUUGACAAUCUAGAAAUAUUUUGAGGCAGCUGGGGUGUAGAUGGGCUUUUUUUGGUCAAAAGGCAACCUCAAAAGUUCAGUAUCCAAAGAAAAUUGCUAAAUGAGGCCACUGCGGACAAUGUAUCCUUUUUGUUUUUCUGUUAUCUUUAUCAGCAUUGAUUUCUCGAAUACUACUACGCUAUAAAUAAUACAUAUUGGUAUUUAAGUGGAAUUGAUCGCAGUUUGAAGAUAAGCUGUAAAAAAUUUUAAAUUUCAUUUAUAUUGUUAUGUUACAUUGAAGUAAUUAAGCAGUGUUCUAUUUCUUUAUAGAGUAAGUGAAAACAGAUAUAACCCAC